UAAUGUUCUGCUUUUUAUUUUUAAAAACAUAGUAGCUGCAUCAAAGUAGUUUGUUUUGUUUUUUGUUUUUUGUGUCAAGGUUGACUAUGGCGGAACAUUCAGCAGAUGUAAGUAUGUGUUCACUUGAAUUAAAUGGCAUUGUAAACAACCUCAAAUUACUAAGUAAAGGUAUUUAUUUGAAACAUAGAAAUACUAAAAAAAAUUAAUGUCAUGGGGAAAAAUGCUGGUUUAUUACUGAAUAUCAAUAUAACUGAUGGAAUGAAUUUAAAACAUUAAGCCAGAUGAAGUUGAUUUAUAUUGCAUUGCAGGUAAAAUAGACAAUCAAAUGUACUCCGUCCAUCCCAGUCUCAGUGUAUCAAUUAAAGCAACUCUUGGAGUCUACCAGUCACCAUACAGUGGCUCUGUUCCCAACCAUCAAAAAGGGCAGAUUUUGUCAAGAGGAACUACUUGGCUACAUUUUCCAGGCAUCUAUUUUUAUCUAUCUAAGCAGUCGGUCUCUUCAGACGAAAAAACAGAAGGAAAUUAUUAAAUGUUUGACAAGUUGAUAAUUUAGGAUCACAGUAUGUCACUGUAUAAGAAUUGCCUAUUCUUACUCUAUUCCCAAUCUCUGAGGGAAGUGGCAAUAUGAUUCUAGAUUAUUUAGAACAAUAAAAAUCUAUACACGGAAGCUGCGUCUAAGAAACGAAUAUAUAGUGCUUUGCACUCGACUGGCCCAUUGUCAGCAUCCCGCACUUGUUCUUUACCUAACUUGUGUGGCUUGCAUAUUGCAAUCUGUAUUACAAUCCAGGCUCGCUCUGCAGAUUACAGAUUGGAUCCACAGAAAGCAGUCUGGAUGGUUGAAACUCCCUCCACCAGAGGGCGACUCAGAGCUUUCCCCUGUAGCUCAGAGCUGUGUGGAAGGCGAACCCUGAUGCCUGUUCUUCCCCACAGCGACACUGACAAGCUGAUCCAGCCUGCUGGGCAUCCCCGCGCCUGUGCGGGAGGAUGGAGCCAAGGGAGAGCGUGGUGCGGGGGCGCGGGGAAAUCGGUUGCCCCAGCCGUUACUGGUCCGCGCAGUCAGGGCAUCCUCCACAUCCUUCCAUGGCUCUGAAGAAUAAAUUCAGUUGUUUAUGGAUCUUGGGUCUGUGUUUGGUAGCCAGUACAUCUUCCAAAAUCCCAUCCAUCACUGACCCACACUUUAUAGACAACUGCAUCGAAGCCCACAACGAAUGGCGUGGCAAAGUCAACCCUCCCGCGGCCGACAUGAAAUACAUGAUUUGGGAUAAAGGUUUAGCAAAGAUGGCUAAAGCAUGGGCAAACCAGUGCAAAUCUGAACAUAACGACUGUUUGGAUAAAUCAUAUAAAUGCUAUGCAGCUUUUGAAUAUAUUGGAGAAAAUAUCUGGUUAGGUGGAAUAAAGUCAUUCACACCAAGACUUGCCAUUACAGCUUGGUAUAAUGAAACCCAAUUUUAUGAUUUUGAUAGUCUAUCAUGUUCCAGAGUCUGUGGCCAUUAUACACAGUUGGUUUGGGCCAAUUCAUUUUAUGUCGGUUGUGCAGUUGCAAUGUGUCCUAACCUUGGGGGAGCUUCAAUUGCAAUAUUUGUAUGCAACUACGGACCUGCAGGAAAUUUUGCAAAUAUGCCUCCUUACAUAAGAGGAGAAUCUUGCUCUCUCUGCUCAAAAGAAGAGAAAUGUGUAAAGAACCUCUGCAGGACUCCACAACUUAUUAUACCUAACGAAAAUCCAUUUCUGAAGCCAACGGGGAGAGCACCUCAGCAGACAGCCUUUAAUCCAUUCAGCUUAGGUUUUCUUCUUCUGAGAAUCUUUUAAUGUCAUUUAUAUACAAAAGAAAUUCUCAAAUGUUAAAAUAAAGGAAUAGUUUAUUGCUUAAUAUAACUUAUCAUCACUUUGAUUCUUUAUUGAAUCUUCUACACUCUUGCCUGAUACCUAAAUUUAAUGUUUGUUUUUAACUCAAAAAAUGUAUUGUACGGAAAAUGGAUAACAGAAUAAAGUCUUGAGAUUAUUUUUUAAUUACAAAUCCAUAUGUAUAUCAAAAGUGUUCCACUCUUUAAUUUUCUAAUGAGAAUGGAUUGUCAUUUUAGUUAUAGUACGUUUAGAGAACUAAAGAUAUUUCAGAUAUUAAAUAGUUUCCUUAUAUACCAGUAGUUUCUUUUAUGAAUACCAUCAACAUCAUUCAGAAACAAAAUG